ACCGCCCCUCCGCCCGCGGCAGGGCUGCGCGGCGCUGCCCUCCCCUUCCCGCGCCCGCAGGGCCGGCUCCGCCCCGCCGCCGCCACGCUCAACAUGGCCGCCGCGCUGGGGAGACUCCUGCGGAGCGCGGUGCCCGCUGCCGCCGCCGGGAGGAGGCUGAUGGCGCAGCCCCCGCUCUGCGCCCGCCGCCAGCUCAGCCUCGGCUCUGCCAGGUUUGCCCCAGCAGUUACGCAGCACGCCCCAUUUUUCAAAGGAACAGCUGUCGUCAAUGGAGAGUUCAAAGAGCUGAGCCUAGAUGAUUUUAAGGGGAAAUACCUGGUUCUCUUCUUCUACCCUCUGGAUUUCACCUUUGUAUGCCCCACAGAAAUUGUAGCUUUCAGUAACAAAGCAAAUGAAUUUCGUGAUGUGAACUGUGAAGUGGUUGCAGUUUCUGUGGACUCUCAUUUCUGUCAUCUGGCCUGGAUAAAUACACCACGAAAGAGUGGCGGCUUGGGCCAUAUGAAUAUUCCAGUUCUGUCAGAUCUCACUAAACAAAUCUCCCGUGAUUAUGGUGUGCUGCUAGAAGGACCUGGCAUAGCACUACGAGGUCUCUUCAUCAUUGAUCCUAAUGGAGUCAUCAAGCAUCUAAGUAUCAAUGACCUUCCUGUGGGUCGCAGUGUGGAAGAGACCCUUCGCUUGGUGAAAGCAUUCCAGUAUGUAGAAACGCACGGAGAGGUCUGCCCAGCAAACUGGACUCCAGACUCCCCUACAAUCAAACCAAGUCCAGAAGCUUCUAAGGAAUAUUUUGAGAAAGUGCAUACAUAAACACUCAAAUACGCACGAAAAGCUCUUAGUAACUGAAGAUGUUACUUUGUGCAACUUCAACUAAGAGAGGUUGCUGAAGACCUUAAGAAAGCAGCUGUGAUUAUUUAAAAAAAAAAAGUUCUGAUUUCCUCAUGCUUAAAAAAAAAUUAAAUACUAAAACAUU